GACUGAAAAAAUUAACACAAUUCAUUAUUAUUUAUUACAAAAUAUAAACAAAGGGACAUAAAGCCGAUUAGGCGCCAUUCUUAUGAUCAGCUGAUGCUCUCAAUUUUACGAACGUCGCCAGUAGUUUAAAUAUAAUUUUAUACACUUACGUAAUAUGUUUAUGAAAGCGAUUUCGAUGGCUAUAAGUCUAAUCUGUGAUUAAUCGCACAAUUAAACAAUUGUAUUGUUGUCCAUACAACGUAUAAAGUGCAAAAGCCAAUAUUAGACAACAGUAUUAUUCGCCGAUAAUGUUAUGUGCUAUACUAUGAAGACAAUAUUUGUUAUUGCGACAUUGGUACGAUAAGAUAACCUGCAUAUUAGCAUUUGAAGAGGAAUUAUUGCACUAUGUCAGUGACGAUGUACCCGGUGGUUCCUACAAAUAUUACAGCUUGACAUACGACGGUUAUAUUAAAAUACGGCUCACAUCACUGUGAUGCAGAUUUAUAUGCAUCACAAACUACAACUAAACCAACGUAUGAACCAGAUCAUUAUUGUUUGCAAUCGACAACUUGUGGGGAAGAUAUUAUUUUCAUUCCCAAAAGCUUUAAACGACCUGUGAGUAUUGGUGUUUAUGGCCAUCCAUCACAUGAAAUUAGUAAAUAUACUCUUUUGGUAUCGGAGUUAAUUAUUGAAGACGACACCAUACCAUACGAUCAAACAUCAAGGAGUAGUUAUAAAGAUCGAGAUAAAAGGGUCCACAUCUCAUUUUUUGCUAAUUUGAUUUGGUAUUUCAUGGAUUUCUUGUUUCAACUAUUGUUUUAAACAUUAAAAUAAUUAAGGAAUUUAAAAAUUGAGUUGGGAUAUAUCAAUAAACAUGUUGGAAUAUGAAAAUCAAAUGUUCCUUGAAAUCAUUCAAGAAGAUGGAUUAGUUAUUGCAGCUAAGGGUCUUGGUAUAGAAACUGUUUUUGCUAAUGUAAUAAAAGCUUAUUUGGAUCCAGGCAACUUAGUUAUAAUCCUAGGAACCACUGAUCAUGAUGAGCGUUACUUCAUUGAUCUGCUUAAAAGUUAUGGAACUAAUACUUUGCCACAUAUUAUCAAUGCUGAAUGUACUUCUAAUGAAAGGGAAAUAAUAUAUUUGGAGGGUGGAGUGCUGUUUAUAUCAGGUCGUAUCUUGGUGGUAGAUUUAUUAAAGAACAGAGUUCCAUUGCACUUAGUCACUGGUAUUCUUGUAUACAGAGCGCACAAUAUUCUAAAUGCGUAUCAAGAAGCAUUUGCGCUGCGUUUGUACAGACAAAAUAAUAAGACUGGAUUUAUCAAGGCAUUUACAAAUUCGUCAUUGGCUUUUACAGUUGGAUAUUCACGAGUAGAGCGAGUUAUGAAAGCCCUAUUUGUAAAAAAAUUAUAUUUAUGGCCGCGCUUUCACGCAACUGUUAAUAAUUGUUUGUCUCAACACGAGCCUGAUGUUAUAGAAUUACAUGUACAAAUCACACCAAAAAUGCAAAACAUCCAAACAGCUUUGCUUGAUGUUAUGAAUUAUAUUGUGAAAGAAUUGAAGGGACUUAAUAAAUAUCUAGACUUAGAAGAAUUAACUGUGGAGAAUGCAAUAGCAAAAAAAUUUCACAAGCAAUUACAUUUGCAAUUAGAUCCAAUCUGGCAUCAACUUAGUACAACAACCAAACAAUUAUUUUCUGAUUUAAAAACCUUGCGAUCCUUUAUUAUAUCUUUGACAUAUGAAGAUUCGGUUUCAUUCUACGCUAUGUUGAAUCGUUUACGGACUAUGGAAUAUGCCGUGAAAGCCAGUGGCUGGAUAAUGUUGGAUGAAGUCGAAAAUUUAUUUAAGUAUGCCAGAAACAGAGUUUAUACACAUAAAGAUGAAUUAAAGCCAGAACCAAAUCCAAAAUGGAUAGCUUUGUCAGAAGUUUUAUCUGAGAUUCAAGAACAAAAAUGUAAAAAGAAAGACAGUGAAAAUAUUAAUAAAGUUCUUAUCUUAGUUCAUGAUAACAAUAUAUGCAAACAAUUGAAGAAUUAUUUAACUAUGGGUGCAAAUAAAUACUUAUUUUAUGAAGCCCUAAAAAAAUUGUCACAUAAUAAAGAACAAAAGGCAAGUAACAAUAAUGGAAAAAAUAUGAAAGAGCAACAACCAACAUCUGAAAAUAAUACAGAUGAAGAUACACAAAAUGAUCCAGACACUUAUGUACUCACUUUGACGCAAAAAUGCAUAGAAGAAACUGAGCCAAGUACUUCCACAGAAGACAUAAAACAUCAGACAUUAUUUGAGGAAUGCUCGCAACUGGCAGAUUUAGAUGUAACCAAUUGCGCGACAUCCGCACCCAUUGUUUUCAUACAAGCUAUAAAGAAGGGAGGAGACUCGAUGGCUUUACAGAGAGCGUUAACUGAGCAUACGCCGAACAAUAUUAUUUUAUACGUAGCCGAUAUCGGUACCGUGAGACAAUUAGAAGUGUAUCAAAAUAAUAAUCCGUCAUUAGAUCUGAAAGUAUAUUUUUUGAUUUAUGGCGGAUCUGUCGAGGAACAAGAAUAUCUUACUUCCUUACGUCGGGAAAAAGAAGCAUUUCACUCUUUGAUUAUUACGAAAAGUACCAUGGUUGUGCCAGAAGAUCAAGAUGGAAAAUCGGGAGAUUGUCUGACUCUUGCAAUUCAAUCAAAUAAUACAAAUGAAGAAGAUACACGUAAAGGUGGAAUACAAUCCGAAGCAAAAAUAAUUCAAAAAGUUAUUGUUGAUAUGAGAGAAUUCAGAAGUGAAUUACCUGCUAUUUUGUAUACACGUGGUAUAAAAGUUGAGCCAGUGACAUUAGUGGUGGGUGACUAUAUUCUUACACCAGAAAUAUGUAUAGAAAGGAAAAGUAUAUCUGAUUUGAUUGGUUCGUUGUUUUCCGGAAGAUUAUAUAAUCAAGCAGUUGCUAUGACGAGGCAUUAUGCCAAACCUAUGCUCCUCAUAGAAUUUGAUCAAAAUAAGCCAUUCUGUUUCCAGGGAAAUUAUUAUGUUAGCAGAGACCUUAAAAAUACUGAAAUAACAGCGAAGUUACAGUUAUUAACACUUCAUUUUCCUAAACUAAAACUUAUUUGGUCUCCUAGUCCACACGCUACAGCACAAUUGUUUGAAGAAUUAAAGCAAGGACGAGAUCAACCUGAUUCAAAUGUAGCUGCUAAAAUUGGAGCAGAUGAAGAUACAGAAAACAAACAACUAAUGGUAGAAAAAUAUAACUCUAAUAUUCAAGAUUUUAUGGCUAAAUUACCUGGUGUGCAUUCGAAAAAUCUGCGUAUUCUAUUAAAUAAAGGACAAUCAUUAAGUCAUCUUAUCAAAUUUACACAAGAAGAACUAAAAGAAAUAUUUGGGAAUACAAAUGAUGCUGAAUUAUUAUAUAAAGCUCUGCACGAAAAAUGCUCCCAAACAGAUGAAAAAUCAUUGGCUAGCAAGGGUGCUUCUAAAGUGCGGGGUAAGAAACUUUUCUCCAAAAUAAAAAAAUGAUGUGGAUAAUAUGUUCGCAAUAAACAUUUGUUAGAGGAAGAUUUUUAUGUAUUAUUAUAUGAAAUGAAAAUAUGUUAUUGUGUCAGUAUAACUGUAUACAUGUUUUGAUUUCAUAAAUAUGUGUUUUCAUAAAACAAAAUAUGCUAUAUAUUGUGUUAACAUAAUUAAAAAAUAGUACAUUAUAAAAAGGCAAUAUAAAUAAAUUUAUUAUGUAAUAACAGCACAA